AGAGCAAGCACACUUUUUACCAAAUAUAUCACACAGCUACUUCUCUCCAAAAAGUGAAAGAAGAGAAGGAAAAAAAUGGGGAAAUCUCAGAUCUGGUUCGGCUUAGCGUUAGUGGCGUUGCUGGUGGUGUCAGCCAUAGCGGAUGAUGUGGUUGUGUUGACGGAAGAUAGCUUUGAGAAGGAGGUUGGUCAAGAUAAAGGAGCUCUUGUCGAGUUUUACGCUCCCUGGUGUGGGCACUGCAAGAAACUAGCUCCAGAGUAUGAAAAGCUAGCUGCCAGCUUCAAGAAAGCUAAGUCUGUCUUGAUUGCUAAGGUCGAUUGUGAUGAGCAUAAGACCGUCUGCUCUAAGUAUGAUGUUAGUGGAUAUCCAACCAUCAAAUGGUUUCCUAAAGGCUCUCUUCAGCCCCAAAAGUACGAGGGUGCACGCAAUGCUGAAGCUUUGGCUGAAUAUGUCAACAAGGAAGGAGGUACCAACGUGAAAUUAGCUGCAGUUCCACAAAAUGUAGUUGUGCUAACACCUGACAAUUUCGAUGAGAUUGUAUUGGAUCAGAGCAAAGAUGUCUUGGUCGAGUUUUAUGCCCCAUGGUGCGGCCACUGCAAGUCCCUUGCUCCUGUAUAUGAAAAGGUAGCCACGGUGUUCAAGCAAGAAGAAGGUGUAGUCAUCGCCAACUUGGAUGCUGAUGCACACAAAAGCCUUGGCGAGAAGUAUGGAGUAAGUGGAUUCCCAACAUUGAAGUUCUUCCCGAAGGACAACAAAGCCGGUCACGACUACGACGGUGGAAGGGACUUGGAUGACUUUGUAAGCUUCAUCAAUGAGAAAGUUGGGACCAGCAGAGACAGUAAAGGCCAGCUUACUUCAAAGGCUGGUAUAGUUGAAAGCUUGGAUGCGUUGGUAAAGGAGCUAGUUGCAGCCAGUGAAGAUGAGAAGAAGGCUAUCUUGUCUCGCAUCGAAGAGGAAGCUACUAACCUUAAGGGCUCCACAGCAAGGUAUGGAAAGCUUUACUCGUCACUCGCAAAGAAGUACAUAGAAAAAGGUUCGGGGUAUGCUACCAAAGAAACUGAGAGGCUUGGACGCGUCCUUAGCAAGUCGAUGAGUCCCGUGAAAGCUGAUGAAUUAACUCUCAAGAAAAAUAUCCUGAACACCUUCGUUGCUUCUUCUUAGAAGCCAGAGAUUGAAGAAUAGGAGCCGGUCGAUAGACUUUUUAUAUAAACUGAUACAAAACAUGGAGGUUCUGUUAUGUCUGUCGAGAUUUGUGGUUAUUUCUGCGUAGUUCUGAAAACUCUUUUGAACCAAGUUUCUUUGUCUUUCGUACGAUAAUCAUAAAAAGGAGAACUUUUUAUUUUCUUUCUUUCAGCUCUUAGCUCUUAUAGAUUCUCUAAUUCGAGUAAUCAAAUGCAUGGUACACUUAUAAGAAUCAGUGAAAAAAAGG